AUGGCGUUGACUCUCCAAACCGCCAUCAACGGCCCGGCCAACUCCACGGCCGUCAUUGUGCCGUCCAAGCCCAAUGCUCUCACAGCCACGUACGGCGACCUGGUGAGGGAGACCUCGGCCUUCCAGCAGAAGCUGGCCGCCAUUGGCAUCACAAAGGCCUCGCCCGUUUCCAUCGCGACCGUCAACUCAUAUGAGUUCAUCGUCUCCUUCCUGGCCGCCUCAUGGCAGCGUGGCAUCGCUGCGCCCCUGAACCCGGCCUACAAGCAGGACGAGUUUGAGUUCUACAUUGAGGACGUCAAGUCCGCCAUCGUGUUGGUUCCCAAGGGUGCCUAUGCCGCCGGUGCACCUGCCGUCAAGGCCGCCAAGAAGUUCAACGCCGCCAUCGCUGAGACGUACUGGGAUGAGGCCAGGAAGGAGGUCGCGCUUGACGUAAAGGAUCUGGGACAGCUCAAGGGCAAGGGGCCUGAGAAGGUGUUGAAGGCUGAGGCCGACGACGUUGCCUUGGUUCUGCACACCAGCGGCACCACCUCCAGACCCAAAGUUGUCCCUCUUACACACCGCAACCUGACCAGAACGAUGAAGAACAUACAGAACACAUAUCAGCUUACAAGCGAGGACCGCACUAUGCUGGUCAUGCCCCUGUUCCACGUCCAUGGCCUUCUCUGCGGCCUUCUCGCACCCCUAGCCUGCGGCGGCUCCAUGGUCGUCCCGAACAAGUUCUCGGCCACCGAGUUCUGGGGAGACUUCAUCACCCACAAGGCCAACUGGUACACCGCCGUGCCCACAAUCCACCAGAUCCUCCUCAAGAACCCGACGCCCAGCCCGCUGCCCGCCAUUCGCUUCAUCCGCUCCUGCUCCUCCCCUCUGUCGCCCACCGUCUUCCACCAGCUUGAGGAGACGUACAAGGCGCCCGUCCUCGAGGCCUACGCCAUGACCGAGGCUGCCCACCAGAUGACCUCCAACCCCCUCCCGCCCGCGAAGCGCAAGCCCGGCACCGUCGGCCUCGGCCAGGGCGUCGACGUGCGCAUCCUCAACGACGCUGGUGACGAGCUCGCUCAGGGCCAGGAGGGCGAGAUUUGCAUUCGUGGUGAGAACGUCACAAAGGGGUACCUCAACAACGACGCCGCCAACGCCUCGUCGUACACCAAGGGCGGCUUCUUCCGCACGGGCGACCAAGGCAAGAAGGACGAGGACGGCUACAUUGUCAUCACGGGCCGCAUCAAGGAGCUCAUCAACAAGGGCGGCGAGAAGAUUAGCCCCAUUGAGCUUGACAACGUCUUGACCCGCCACCCUGCCGUCUCCGAGGCCGUCAGCUUCGCCAUCCCCGACGACAUGUACGGUCAGGAUAUCGGUGUUGCCGUUGUUCUCAAGCCGGGACAGCAGCUCAAGGGCGAGGAUUUGAAGGGCUGGGUGCAGGAGAAGCUGGCCAAGUUCAAGGUUCCCAAGAAGAUUUAUUUCACCGAGACGAUGCCCAAGACAGCCACGGGCAAGAUCCAGCGCCGCAUCGUCGCCGAGAAGAUGCAGCAACAAGAGGCCCCCAAGGCCAAGUUGUAG